CCCUUGGUUUUGCAGGCUGGCUGUGUUGAGUACAUUAUACUGGAGAGUGAUAAUCUAUCUACUUUGUUUCCAAAUGCACACUUAGAUAUUGGUGGCCUGCAUCUAAAUUGUCACAUACUCUUUGCCAUCGUCGCAACUCUUAUAGUCCUGCCUACCACUUGGCUUCGAGAUCUAAGCCUUCUCAGUUACAUCUCAGCUGGAGGAGUUGUUGCCUCUGUACUGGUGGUUUUUAGUUUGUUUUGGGUUGGUUUAGUUGAUGAAGUUGGCUUUCAAAGUGGGGGAACUUCACUAAAUCUCUCAGGGAUUCCAAUUUCCAUUGGGAUAUAUGGGUUUUGCUACUCAGGCCAUGCAGUUUUCCCAAACAUAUACUCCUCUUUAAAGGAACGGAGCCAGUAUCCAUCAGUUCUCUUCACUAGUUUUGCAAUUUGCACCACGAUGUUUGCUGGAGUUGCUGUGAUGGGCUACCUCAUGUUUGGAGAGUCUGCACUAUCUCAGUUCACACUCAACAUGCCCCAUAAUCUUGCGGCUUCAAAGUUGGCAGUGUGGACCACGGUGGUCAAUCCGGUGUCCAAAUAUCCUUUAUCUGAUUGUUCUAUCUUCCUUUUUGAGGGCAAGUUUGCCAAAGGAACUUGCUGUUUUACAUUCCAGUCUUGAAUGAGCCAAAGUUUUUAUAUUUUUCCAAUGACCCCUGAGAAUUAACUCAGUGGAUUUCUCAAUAAAUUACAAUGCUUCUACCAGAUGCGCUAUGGGGCACCUUGUACUUGCACAUGAAAAACCGGUUCCUU